AUGCGCGCCCACAUGUCAUCCUCAAUGCAAGCGCUCUACCGCGUCUUUGUACAGCCAGCGCUAUCAACACGCACACGACCACUCCAGCAAACCCUCCAACCUCUCAGAUCCACCACCCGCGCCUUCCACUCCACACCCCUACAAUCCGCAGCAGGAAAACGGCUUCCAGAAAAGCGCAAACACCUCUGGGACGAAGAAAUCCCCGCCCGCCGCAUCCAACUCGUCGACCCGGAGACAGACGCCCUGCAACCGCCAACCCAUCUCCGCGACGUCCUAGCCAGCAUUGACCGCAAGAGCCACCGCAUCAUCUGCGUCACACAGCCGCCGGCAGGAAACUGGACGGAAGAAUGGAUACCCGUGUGCAAGCUCGAAGACAAAAAAGCCGCCUACGAAGCCGAAAAGGAAAAAAGAGACUCAAGCAGCAAANAGAUGGCUGCCGACACUACCAAAACGCUGGAACUGAAUUGGGCCAUUGAUCAGAAUGAUUUGGGACACAGGAUGAAGAGGAUGCAAGAGUUUUUGGGCCAGGGGAAAAAGGUCGAGAUUGUACUGGCUAGGAAGAAGGGUGGAAGGAGAGCUACUCCUGAAGAGUGUGAGGAGUUGCUGCAGAAGAUCGAUUUGGCUGCAGAGGCUGUCAAGGGCACAAAGGAGAUCAAGAAGUUUGAAGGGAAAUUGGCAGGCAUGGGAAGCCUGACAUAUGAGGGCCCCAAGCCUUAG